GAGGCCAGACCCCCUCACACCACUGAAAGGAUUUUAAAAACCGCCUCUUGCCACGGCAGCAUCGACCACCGGGUGCAACUGCUGCAAGUAUGAUCAAGAAAAUGUCACCAUCCGAGAGUGAAUUCGACAUACCGGCCAAGAAUUGCCACAGGAUGGUAAUUCUGGGCUCCACCAAAGUUGGGAAGACGGCCAUCAUCUCUCGGUUUCUGAACGAGAGGUUUGACGACCAGUACACUCCGACUAUUGAGGACUUUCAUAGGAAAUUCUACAGCAUCAGGGGAGACUUCUACCAGCUGGACAUUUUGGACACAUCUGGAAAUCAUCCCUUCCCUGCAAUGAGGAGGCUUUCAAUACUUACUGGUGAUGUGUUCAUCCUGGUAUUCAGUCUGGAUAACAGGGACUCCUUCCAGGAGGUGCAGCGCCUUAAGAGCCAGAUUUAUGAGACCAAGUCCUGCCUACGAAACAAAACCAAGGAGAACGUGGACGUCCCGCUGGUCAUCUGCGGCAACAAGUGUGACAGGGACUUUUAUCGUGAGGUGCAGGAGGAGGAGAUCGAGCGGUUAGUUGGCGGAGACGAGCACUGCGCCUACUUUGAAAUCUCAGCAAAGAAGAACACCAACGUAGACCAGAUGUUUCAGACUCUCUUUACCAUGGCCAAGCUGCCCAAUGAAAUGAGUCCUGACCGGCACUGCAAAGUUUCCCUGCAGUACUGCGAAGUUCUCCACAGAAAGUCCUUCAGAAACAAGAAGUGCAAGGAUGGGAAUGCAUAUGGGAUUGUGGCACCUUUUGCACGGAGACCUAGCGUGCACAGUGACUUGAUGUACAUAAAGGAGAAAGCUAUAGGAGGUAGCCAGGCCAAAGAGAGAGGCUGCAUCAUAUGCUGACAGUUUUUUGUUUUUUUUUGCCAGUGUGCAAGAGACUUUGAGAGACUUUCCACAGUCGAAACAGAGGCCAGCCGUCCUUCAUACGGGGCUCAUAAGCCCAAAACCAAUAGAUUUCAGCGCCUGAGGCAACAGUGACACAUUGUGAUCCAAAAUGGGCUGAGACGUAUGGGGCAAGUGGCUCAGCUCAUAGGCCUGUCCCUAUGUAGUGGUGCAGUAGAUGCUCUGAAAAUGCUGUAAAAUCUGCCUCUACAUUAGCUUGCCAAGAGCAGCACUUGAGAAAAAAUGUUUACAUUUUACUAUUUUUUUCAAACUUGGUGGAACUUGGAACUUGAAUGUUUGUUGCAUUAUGAACAAAUUUUACCCUGAAUGUGUAUUUAUUAUGUCUAUGUCAACUUUUGGAUAAAAGAGAAAAUAAUAAAAAAAAACAAAACUUGUUACUUUCAUAAUCUCUCUUCCUCUUCUCCUUCUUCUCCAGCAAAACACAAUGAAGUUACAUUAAACACUGCACAUGCUACCAUGAACACUUUUCUGCAGAUUUCAUUCAGCGGUUUCCCUCUAGUGGAAAAUAUCCCGCUUUUUUUAAAAACACAUCAUAUGUCGCCUCAUCAUGUCACUUCAUACAUACACUGAUUUAACUGGUAACAAUUUCUGCCCCCUGCCACGAACUGCUAAGUUUGGAUACAUGUAUUCCAAUCCUAGACCCCCUCUUGAAGUCUAAUGCAACAAACAGAACAAAUGAUCGCUGUGAAUACUGAUAAUUUAACCGUACCUAAGACAUGCCUAAUUGAUGAUGAAGGCCACAGGAUUGAAUGGAUGUGUAUGACUAGUAGCUCAGUCAAAAAGGCUUUAAGGCAAUUAUUUCUUAAUCAACUCAUUUUAUUACAAAAUAGGAGUGUUA